UUUCUUGCCAUAGUUAAUAGAAGAAAAGACUUUAGUGAUAAUACUACUUAGAUAGACAUGAAAAAGCCAUGGUAAUUAUUAUAUAUUUAUAGUGGCAUUGAUCAAGGAUUAUUAAUUAAUGGUGAAAAAUUAAACCCUUGCAAAUUUUGUAAUUAAGGCAUGUACCAGUCUUUCUGAUUUCCACGGCUCAAAAUUGAAACAAGGGUACUAGAAAAUGAAAAAGACAAAAAAAAUCUAAUAUAAAAGGAAAUAGAAAAGGAAAACACUAGAAAAGGAAAACACUAGAAAAGGAAACUUAGCUUUUCAACCAACCGUUGCUAGCAUUUAUUAAGGGUUAAUUGGUUGAGAAAAAAGAGAACUUAUUCUCGAUAAAUAUUGCUAUUAUUGAAUUAUUAAAUUUUGUGUUCAAAAUAUGCAAUGUAGAUUUUAACAAUGCAUGGUCACAAAAGUUCUCUAUUUUUGUUAAUAGGUCCAAAUCCAAGGGAGAUUGGGCCGGAGGAAGAAAAAGAAAAGAAAAGAUGCUCAAUCACAUUUGCUGAAUGAGAUAUAAAUCUCAUUUGAAUCCUUUCCACUUCCAACUUUGAUUUGGAUACCUAUACAAAACUAUAUAUACUUGCAAAAGAACAUAUAAGUCUACUGCCGAAAUAUCUUUUUGAAGGAACGUAACUCCUAAUAACAUCAAACCCUUAGGUUUUCUUCUUUCUCUUCUUCUCUCAAAACUAAAAAAAUUCAUUCGAAAUGGCGAAACCAAGAAUUAGAGCAGAGAUUGAUUUGAAAAGAAUGGAUGAGCAGCUUGAGAGACAGUUAGAUCGAAUGUUUAGCGAUCAUAAGGGUUGUGAAGAAUCGAAGAAAGUCGAAGUCAUCACCAACAAAGAAGAAUGGAAAUUGGAUCCUAACAAGAAACUAAAAGUCAACAAUCUUAUUGGACAAGGAGCAUACGGAUCAGUUUACAAAGGUCUUUAUGAUGGAAAAGAAGUUGCAGUUAAAAUACUUGAUAUGAGCAAUGAAAAAAGAAGAGCUGUAGUAACAAAGGCUUUUACGCAAGAAGUUUCUAUAUGGUACAAGCUAGAUCAUCCAAACAUCGCAAAGAUAAUUGGAGCUUCAAAGAGGUUGCCCCAAGUUAAACCUAAACGCUUGGUGACUCCACGGAAUUCUGAUGCGAGAAAUCAUUCAUUGAGAAAACAAUCAUUUGGCUAUGCUGAAGGAUAUUGCAUCGUGGUUGAAUAUGUCUCAGGAGGCACUCUUACAUCACAUCUCUUAAAACACAGUAUCAAAAGGUUGCCACUGAAUUCUGUAAUUCAACUAGCAUUAGAUGUUGCAAGAGGGUUGAGUUACCUUCACUCUAAGAAAAUAGUUCAUAGAGAUGUAAAGAGUUGGAAUUUACUUGUGGACAAGAAAGGAAGAGUGAAAAUAAUAGACUUUGGAGUUUCUAGAGUUGAGGCUUCGUGUCCUAUUGACAUGACUGCCCAAACUGGUACCGUGGGGUACAUGGCUCCUGAGGUUCUUGCUGGUCUACCAUAUGAUCAUAAAUGUGACGUCUAUAGUUAUGGAAUUUGUUUGUGGGAGAUAUAUUGUUGUUCAAUUGCGUAUCCUAGCCAAAUUACUCUUUCUCAGACAUCUCAAACAAUCUACAAGAGUCGAAGGCCAGAAAUACCAAACUCUUGCCCAAGUGGCCUGGCCAAUAUAAUGAAGCAAUGUUGGGAUGCAAACCCAAAAAAGAGGCCAGAAAUGCAAGAAGUGGUGCUGAUGUUGGAAGCCAUCGACACAUCUGAAGCUGCACCAAAUGAGUCUCGAGGUUGUUUUUGCUUGACAAGACAAAAAGGAUUAUAAUGUACAAUAGAUUGGCUAUAGCCAGUGAAGCUUGUAUAUGCACAAUAGAUUGGCUAUGGUCAGUGAAGCUUGUAUAUGUUUAGGACCAUUAUAUUUUUUUUAUUUCAUUCUUUUUAGCUUCUUGGCUUGCAAAUAACUUGACCCAAGAGCUUAGGAUAGUCAAAUAUAAAUGGGAUUCGACAUGUAAUGUCUAAAGUCUUGCUUGCUUGGAUAUGUGCAGUGACUUGAUUAUUAUUGCUCAUGUAUGAUAGACUUAUUUCGGAAAAUAAAAUAAAAUAUAAACCUUAUUUGUAGAAUGCGUUUUAUACUUCCCAACUGCGACAUCUUCGUUGUUCAAUCCGGUUUCAUUUCGU